AUGUACAGGUACUUUGUUGUUGUUGACGAUAUAUGGGACGUGGAUACAUGGGAUGUUAUUAAGUGCGCAUUUCCCACUACAAGUUCUAGCAGUAGAAUAAUCACAACUACUCGUAUGAAAAAUGUGGCUCGUUCAUGUUGUUCAUCCUUCAAUGGCCAUCUUUAUAAUAUAAGGCCACUUGAUAUGGUGCAGUCAAGGCAGUUAUUUCAUAGAAGACUAUUCAAGUCUGAUGAAGAUUGCCCUUCGCAUCUUGAAAAUGUUUCUGAUGAAAUUUUGCAAAAAUGUGAUGGAUUACCUUUGGCAAUCAUUGCUAUAUCUGGUUUGUUGGCUAACACAGAAAAAACAAAGGAUCUAUGGAAUCAAGUGAAAGAUUCAAUUGGUCGUGCACUUGAAAGGAAUCCUAGCGUCGAAGGAAUGAUGAAGAUAUUGUCACUUAGUUAUAUUGAUUUGCCUCAUCAUUUAAAAACUUGCCUCUUAUAUCUCAGCAUGUAUUUAGAAGAUUCUACUAUUGCGAAGGAGGGCCUGAUAAGAAGAUGGAUUGCUGAAGGAUUCAUUCAUAGAGAAGGCAGAUACACGACAUAUGAGUUAGGAGAAAGGUGUUUUAAUGAACUACUCAAUAGGGGUUUGAUCCAACCUGGAAAGACAAAUAUCUAUGGCGAGGUGAUGAGUUGUCGAGUUCAUGACACACUUCUUGAUUUCAUCAUAUCCAAGUCCAUAGAAGAGAACUUCGUUACUUUACUUGGUGUUCCCAUUCUCAAAAUUGGGAACCAAAGCAAAGGUAUUCGUCGACUCUGUCUUCAAGGUGCCGUGGAAGGAAAUUCAACAAUACUGACAGCAGGUCUUGUCUUGUCUCAUGUUCGAUCAUUUACUAUGGUUAGAGGUCUAUUGGAAAUCCAUUCUUUUGAGGAGUUCAGACAUCUGCGUGUUCUUAACUUGAUGGAUUGCUCCGAAUUGGAAGAUCAUCAUCUUGAAAAUAUAGUGAGGUUAUUCCAACUGAGGUACCUAAAUGUCGAAGGUACAAAAAUAAGCAAGCUCCCAGAACAAAUCGGGCGUUUAGGGUGCUUAGAGAUUCUGGACCUAAGUGACACUCGUGUAGGGGAAUUGCCUGCAUCUAUUGUUAAUCUCGGAAAAUUAAUGCAUCUACUUGUUGAUCAUGAUGUUAAAUUUCCUGAUGGGAUUGCGAAGAUGCAAGCACUAGAGACGUUGGGAGAAGUGAGGGUCUCCAUUCAGCCAUUUGACUUCCUAUGCGGCCUUGGCCAACUAAAGAAUUUGAGGAAUCUGCAGCUUGACCUUGGUUUGGAAGUUGAUUUUGACACUGAUGAUACGGAUGUGGUUGAUGAGGAGCGCAACAAAGCUAUGGUCUCUUCCCUGUGUAAGCUAGGCACCCAGAACCUCCGCUUCCUGAAUAUUUUUGAAGGGAGCAGCCUCUUACAAGAACCUUUGUGCCUGCCUACCCUGGAGAAACUUAUUGCCUGGUUUUCAGCCACCCUGCGGGUUCCGACAUGUGUGAGCUCCCUUAAAAACCUCCAACAGCUACGCAUACGCAUUGAAGUGGAGGGGGUCAAGCACGACGAUGUCUGCAUGCUUGGGGCCUUACCCAGUCUGCUGAUUCUGCACCUGCUGGAAAAAACAGAGUCAAACGAACAAACAGAAAAGCUCAGAAUCAGUGGUGAAGUUGGGUUCCGAUGGAGAAACGGGGAAUCUUCUCCCAGCCCCCGCGCCGUCCGCUCGGGCGGCUCGGGCGGCGACUAG